AUGACAGAAGCACCCGCUGCCGCCCCGCAGGCUCAUAUUAAAGUCCGAGUGCGCUGCUCCCUGUCUCCACCGCGCCCUCGUCUGCGGAUGUUCUUAGGUCCUCUGAAGACGCAGUGGGAUUUGCUGGAUCCUGCUCAGAGAAAACUCUACAGAGACGUGAUGGUGGAAACUUUGAGAAACCUGGCUUCAGUCGGUGCAAUUAAGAAAUCACGUGACUGGAAGGAUCACCUUGACAACCAAGAGAGACAUUUGAGAAUACACAUGCGAACCCACAGUGGAGAGAGGCCCUAUGAGUGUAAGGAGUGUGGGAAAGGCUUUCUAAUACGCUCAAGCCUCAGAACACAUACAAGAAUCCACAGUGGAGAGAGGCCCUAUGAAUGUAAAGAAUGUGGAAAAGCCUUUAGAAAAACCUCACAUCUUACAGCACAUAGAAGAAUCCACAGCGGAGAAAAGCCUUAUGAAUGUAAGCAGUGUGGGAAAGCCUUUAGAGUGUACUCACACCUCAGAACACAUACAAUAAUCCACAGUGGAGAGAAGCCUUAUGAAUGUAAGGAGUGUGGGAAAACCUUUAGAAGCACUUCAUACCUUAGAAUACAUAGAAUAAUCCACACUGCAGAGAGGCCCUAUAAAUGUAAGGAGUGUGGGAAAGCGUUUAGAACAAGUUCAUACCUUACAACUCAUAAAAGAAUCCACAGUGGAGAGAGGCCCUAUGAAUGUAAGGAGUGUGGGAAAGCCUUUCUGGAUGCCUCAAGCUUCAGAACACAUAGAAGAAUCCACAGUGGAGAGAGGCCCUAUGAAUGUAAGGAGUGUGGGAAAGCCUUUCUGGGUGCCUCAAGCCUCAGAACACAUAGAAGAAUCCACAGUGGAGAGAGACCCUAUGCAUGUAAAGAAUGUGGAAAAGCCUUUAAUUCUUCCCAAAGCCUCAGUAUUCAUAAGCGAAUUCAUAGUGGAGAGAGGCCUUAUGAAUGUCAGACUUGUGGGAAAACUUUUAGGGUUUUCUCAUACCUUGCUGCACAUAGAAGAAUCCACAGUGGAGAGAAGCCUUAUGAAUGUAAGGAGUGUGGGGAAGCUUUUAGCAGAACCUCAAACCUUAAAACACAUAGAAGAAUCCACAGUGCAGAGAGGCCCUAUGAAUGUAAGGAGUGUGGAAAAGCCUUUAGAAGAACUGAACACCUUAGAAGACAUACAAUAAUCCACAGUGGAGAGAAGCCCUAUGAAUGUAAGGAGUGUGGGAAAGCCUUUAGAAGAACUGCACACCUUAGCAGACAUGAAAGAAUCCACAGUGGAGAGAGGCCCUAUGAAUGUACGGAGUGUGGCAAAGCUUUUAGAAGAACCUCACAUCUUACAGCACAUAGAAGAAUCCACAGUGGAGAGAGGCCCUAUGAAUGUACAGAGUGUGGGAAAGCCUUUGUUCAGGCCUCAAAUCUCAUACAACAUAGAAGAAUCCACAGUGGAGAGAGGCCCUAUGAAUGUACACAGUGUGGGAAAGCCUUUAUUCAGGCCUCAAGCCUCACACAACAUAGAAGAAUCCACAGUGGAGAGAGGCCUUAUGAGUGUAAAGAAUGUGGAAAAACCUUUACUUGUUCCUCUUCCCUCACUAUACAUUUGCGAAUUCAUAGUGGAGAGAGACCUUAA